UGUUACUUUUAGUAGCUGUUUCAAGAAUGAAGAUGAUGUUCGCCUCCAACUGGUUCCCGUGUCUCUUACUAGCCAUACUCGUUCCGGCAGCAUCAGAAACCAUAGAGGAGAAAACUAAUGCUCUCUUGACAUUUCUUGAUGCAGUUGAUUCCGAACUUGGAGGCGUAUUGGACGUCACCGACGAUCAGUGUCCAUGUCUUGAUGACGUAACCCUUAUUGGAAACGAAACAAUUCAAGAUGUGGAUUGCUUUGAAACGAAGGUUGAAGUCUUCAGAAGUCACUUGAAUAACUUAAUUAGAAAUCUCCAAUCUCUCGGGAAUGCCAGCUCAUCAGCUUGCCCCAACCGUACCGGUUCGGUGUUCGUGGCCGCUUGUGAUUCCACUACUGUUUCGGAGCUGGAUCCUAAUGGUGUCGUCCAAAAUGGCUUUGAAUUAUCUUCGAAUAUUUCGGGGUGGACGGUGGGACCGACUACUGCGAGCUCGUUUGAGUUUGACUACUUUGCAAACGAUCCGUUUGUACUCCGAUGUCUACAAACGCCAAGUGGUGUCGAGGUUAUUCUGGGUAACAGCUCUGAUGCGCCAUUAACAGCGUCAGCUGUUGGAACUGGCAUUGUUUACUUUGAGCCAACGAAUGAAGUGUAUGUGGCCAUUACAUUUGACAACUCCUCACUGAAUGGGGUUUAUGCCUUCAACAGGACCGGCUUUCCGGAUAUCAGGCUGGUCUUCCCGUUUGAUGGCCCCACUGGGCUGCUCUACCUAUCUGGAGACUUUCUCUAUAUGGCUGAUGGUUUGAAGGUCGUCAGGAUUACGGAAGGCGACACUUCAUGGACGACAAUAGUGUUUUGGCCUAUAGAUCCCAUUGCGUUUGCAGUUGAUGAUGAUGAAAACAUCGUGUUCUGUGACGGCUCUGGCUCCCUAUUUGUGUUCAAACCAGCCAUAGGAUCAUUCAUGCAGUUGAAAGUGCCAACCCCAGGCCUAGUCUGUGGAUCAAUCGAUUUAUCCUCUGAUGGCCUUAUCUACGUCGCAUACGAUGGCCAGUCAAAUCUUGAGGUUUACAACUCUUCCUCGAAUGCAUUUAUUGAAAACUUGAACUACACUUUGGACGUCCCAACGGUCUGUCCGAUUGUCCUGGUUGACCCUAGAAUCUGAUCGUGAUCGGACACCACGCUGUCAUCAGAGAGUGUAACCAUGUCUACAGACAAUAAAACAUGUUGACACUC